UUUUUUGGUUGACAAUGGGAGUGAUCUACUUCACUUUUUCAUCAUCUUGGCAGACUGACUGAAAAACUGUGCUCGGCUCGGUUCAACCGGUGCAACUGAUUCAGUGAAAAGAUUCCGCUAGUACGACUAAUUCUAUCUGACGAGAUUUUGGAGUAAAAAUCUGGAGUUGGACAGCAAAUCAUCAUGGGGAUCAAAACAUUAUUGUUUUUAGUUGUAAUCGCACAUAUAUGCAUUGCCACCUUUAAUGAGAGCUCUGUGAGUAACUUUGAACAGACUGAUGGGCCAGUUGAUGACAAGAAGUCUUCAAACCAGACGUUUAAUGAAUUUGGUUCAGGAGCACCAGAGAAAUUUAUGGUAGGCAGUUUUGCUGCUAUACCAGACAUUUUGUCCUCUCGGAACCAAGCAGAGCUCAACUCCUCCUCAUUGUCUAUCUCAGACGAGGCUGAUGAUUUCCUCAAAGGUCUGCUGGUCACACGCAUCAUGCCCUCAUUCUACAUCGUCAUCAUCCUCAUUAGUUUGCCCCUGAAUGCUUUGGCCUUGGUGACGUUCACAUGUAAGAUUCGAGAGAAGAAACCAGCUGUGAUCUACAUGUCUCACCUGGCGUGUGUGGACCUGCUCUUCACUCUUCUGCUGCCUCUGAAGAUCCACUACCAGCUGAACGCUUCAGAUUGGGUGUUCGGUGAGGCAGUGUGUCGUGUGAUCAGUGCAGCUUACUACUGCUACAUGUACUGCUCCAUACUGCUGAUGAUGUGCAUGAGUGUGGACAGGCUGCUGGCCGUGGUGUUUCCCAUCCCCUCUCUGACCUGGAGGAGCGCAAGGAAAGCCACAUACAUAUGUGUGCUGGUCUGGCUGCUGGCGAUCGCUGGUACAGUGCCACUUCUCUCAAUAAGACAAACAUUCAAGAUCAAGGAUGUGGGCACCACCUGUCAUGAUGUGCUGAUCUAUGUCAAUUCUGCAGAUCGGCUGUACAUGUACCUGUUCUUCAUUCUCUCCUGCCUCUACUAUUUUGCGCCAUUAAUCAUCACCUUAGUUAGCUACUCCACCAUCAUAUAUGCGCUCUGUGUAAAGUCUGAUCCUUUAGCUACAUCGCCCUCAUCUUCAGGCAGCCGAAGGAGAGCUGUGAUUAUGGCUAUCGCUGUGCUGACUGAGUUUGUGUUGUGCUUUGCUCCAUCCAAUUGCAUCCUGUGGUACCACUGUUAUCUUUUAGCUACUGGGAACAACAGUGGCCAGGGAGAUUCAUCAUAUGCAGCUUACCUGUUGGCUGUGUGUUUGGGGAGCACAAGUGUUUUUCUGGACCCUCUGCUGUACUACUACGGCUCGUCUCAGAGCAGACAGAAGAUCAGCUCUGUGUUUAGGAGGGAAAACACAACCUCAUCAUGUAACACACAGACCAAAUCCACAGAUGCUACUAAAAACAGGCUUUUGGUAAAGUGUGAAAAAAACUGAUUAUGUAUUUUGUUUCCAUAUAUUGCAUUUUUCGGUAUAUUAUAUUAUAAAUGUAUUAUUCUGAAUGUACAUCUUGCAUUAGUUGUUAAAAUACUACUACUUGUUGUUUGUUUGACAAAAAGCAGAAGGGACAUGUAACAGUUGACUAGUCAUACAUGUCUUUUGCAAUACUUAGAUAUGGUUUUACUUCCCUUUUUUCAUGUUACAUGUAAUUUUUUUCACACUAUCUUUGACUCAUAGACUUCAGCAGGUUGUUUUAGCUAUAAUACUGUUAAGACUUUCUAAAUAUAAAUACAGUAUCUGAACUCUGUGAUUGUUCUUCAGUAAUGUUGCUGUGGAUGAAAAGUGGUACUAUUGCGUGUGGUAUCUAGAGCCUGUGAUUAUUGGAUUAUUCUUUAGGCAUAUUUCUUAACAUCAUGCUCAUAAGCUAUAAUAAAUGAAUCCUGUUGUUAUGUUUUGUUCACAUUUGGAUAAAAUCUGAUUGUUCUAAGCUGCUGAUGAUAAAAAGCACAACCAUUCUUAAGCAUUUUA